AGCGGGAGUCGACAGUCGUGCGGCAGACGCCAUACCGUGCACAACUCCUCCCUGCUCCUCGCCCCGCCGGCACCCCGUCACCGAGCUCGGGAUCCUCUGACUUACGCAGUGAAGUGAACGCUCUCCGGAGCCCGCCGCCGGAGGAGCCAGUUUUCAGUGUUUUAUACUCUGCUUUCACGAAUAUUGUUGUGAUUUCCAUGAAGAGUUUGAAUAAUGUGCAAACGCAGUGUUUCCUUGACGUGGAUUCUAAAGUUAUGUUGACGGGAAACAGUGAUUAAAGCUGUGCUCUGCAGACGCGCUCUGCCGAGAACAGUGUGUUCUGAAGCGUCCAGUGACCUCUGCAUGUUGUUCUCCGCUGGUCAAGUGGUGGUCAGCGCGCAGUGACCCUAUCUGACCCUAACUGACCUGUCCAGUGGGAGAGCGGGGUCACUGAGGCUGGAUGCGAGCCAUGACGGAUCUUGACACCCCCGGCGCUGUCGUCUGGCCCAAGUGGUGUUAUACCAGUAAGUCAGCUUGGUAUCAUCCCAAUAACCAAGGGGAGGGCGAGGCAGCGCAAGACCCGGCGCUCAACAACAACACCCCUUUCACCAAAGACAAAGAGCAGGCUGCGGUCGCUGCCGCUACUGCCGCGGCUGCCGCAGCCUACGGCGCCAAGGGCCGCAAGAAAGUGCGGCGCGAGGUGCUCAACGGUACGCGUGUCGAGGAUAGGAUGCCCUCAGACUCCACCAACGACGUCAAGUCUGAGAGAUUAUCACCCGACCCUGGUAGCGACGCCCCAGCCACCACCCACGCCACUCCUAGCCCCUCUGUUUCUCCCAAGUCCCCUGCCUCGCACCGCACCCGCACGCCCUCCUUCCCGGGCACGCCACCCAACCCUGCCUUCACACCGCCCGCUGCCAUCACCUCCGCCUACGACCGCUUUAGUCCAUUGUCUCUGGGCGGUGUGGGCGGCCUUCCGGGCGGCCCCGGAGCCAUAAAGCAAAUGGAAUCCCUCACCAACAGAAACUGCUCUGAUCUCAUGAGAUCUCUGGCGGCCAAGUACAACAACAGUAAUCCCAACGAUUACUUCAGCAGUCCAAACAACGGGUUUCUACGUCAUCCUCUGGGUGGGCUGGCGGGCCUCAAGCAUGGGUCGGCGCCCUUCCUCGGUGUUCCCACCCCACCCACCACCUCCGCCUCAGCCAAGGACACAGAUAAAAAGAUCGACACACCCCCAGUCUCCACUGCCGCCGGCAUCUCUCCACUCCCACAUCCCGGUGCGCCCCCGAUGUUCCCAGGGGCAGCGGGCCUCCCUGGCUUUCCCGCGUUCCCCCUCGUGGAUAUGUCCUCCUCACAAGUCCUUCUCAAUAUGGUUAGGAACGCCUCAGCGACACAACAGUCCCAACUGGAGAACUACCUGCGGGGUGCCAUGAAGCGACCGGCUGACGCCCCAACGUCUCCCCUCGAUCUAUCUGCCACUAUGACCACCAAGAGGCCACGCACAGAACCCUCUAAGUCCUUCGACGUCAAGACCUUGUUUGGCCUUCCGCACGAAGAAGAGAAGAAACUGGAAACUAAGGCCCACACAACGCGGUCACCCACGCCUCCAAAGCCGCGGCCCACGCCUUCACCCGGGUCCCAUAAGCCUCCCACGCCUUGCUCAGACAAGAACUGCCCCUCACUCGAGACCAUCGGCCAUUGGACCGUCGACGAUGUCUGUUCCUUUGUGGGCAGUAUAGAACUCUGCGCCGAAUAUGUAGAGGCGUUCCGUGAGCAACGUAUCGAUGGUUCAGCGCUCCCGCUGCUGACGGAGGAGCACCUUACCUCCAGCAUCAACAUGAAGCUUGGCCCUGCUCUCAAGCUCCGCUCCGUCCUGGCACGUCGCUUGGGGGCAUGCAACGUCUGCCUUCACUGCGACCACUGCCACUCACAGACGCAGGAGCGACGGCCCAGCUCCGCCUCGUCAGGACAAUAGGAGCACACUCCAGCCUGCUAGGAGGAGCCUCAACCCAAAGUGAAUCCCUCUGGGCAUGCCCACAGGUCUUCCGUGUACCAAGAACGAACGCUGGACAAGUUCCGUGGGUUAGUAAGGGAUGACACUCUCACACGCUGGUUCGGCUUCACCGGGCUAGUGAAAGCAUACAAUGACCUCAGGGACCUGCAGUACUCUCACCCAGAGGACCUUCUGGGUAGCCCUACGAAGUGCUGUGUUGAUAUUGAAACUGAUAGUGAACUUGGGAGGUAAUGCGGAUAAACCUUCCCAAAAGAACAUUUUGUUGUGAUAACCUGCGACAGUGUGGGCCUCGACACAAGCCAGCGCCAGUCAGUCACUUGAGCGUAGCAUCACCCUGUGCUCAAAUGACCCCCGAGUGUCCACGGUCUUCAUAGCUUCGCGGUGUGGCGCCGCGAGCUACAGCACCAGUAACUCUGCACCACAUACGAGACAAUCUUUGAAGAGACUAAGCUAAGUGCAGUCAUCUCUCGGACCCACAAAGGUGCUCUUAUUUCCCAAAGUGUUAACUGACGAUGGACAAUGGUAGUUGCUGUUGCUUAGUCGACCAAUGAGACAUCUCGUAGGUGUUCACAAACUCUCCGCAUUGUAACACGAGGCAUGCGCUUACUAGGACCAGAUUCUAAAACGUAAUUCUGAUCUCAAAUUAUAUGUUUCUAAGUGUUAAUACUUAAACAACACCUUAAUACUUCCCUUACUUCAGAUUGUAGUAUUUCAUGUUAUAUUUGUGUUUUAUUUAUUCAAAAUGCUGAUGGAGCAAAGAAAGAAAGGAAUUUUAGUUUCUUUUUUUCAAGUUACGUUUCAGAAUUUGGCGCUUGGUGCUUCCUGGCCCUGAGUUUACCUGGGCCUUCAAAAGACAAAACCCGCUCAAGAUUUUCAAGUCAUAGUGUUUCCUUACAACUCUGUUCAUCAUUUUCAUGCCGGAAAUUUGUCCAUGUACAACUGUUCAUCAUUAGAGUGAAACGUACUUGCGUAGGUUUACCUCAGACAAUUAGUAGAUGUUUUUUUUUUUUUAUUCCAGUUCGAAAGCAUUGCAACUUAUAUUUUUCUAGAUAUGCAGGAAAAAAGCUAAAGCUAAUAAUAAACGACACAUGCUGUAUAGAGUUUAGCUUUGAACGAGUGGUAGCUUUGCAAGGGAGACCAGAGGCGGCGCGGCCCACGAGGCUGCCUGCCAGGGCGUCCCCCUUACAAACCACACCUGUGUUAACCCAAAGAUUAUGAAUAAGUCGAAUGUUUUAGUCAUUUCCUUGAUGGUAGGGGCAUAGAGUUGGUUCAGUAUUUAUUUGUGUAUAAUUUGUGAGGCCUAAAUUGUUGGUGAUUAAUACGUAGCUUGUAUAUAGAGAGAGCAUUGUUACUCCCACGCGUUGGCCAGCUGGUUCCUCCUCCCCACCACGCCCACGGUCACCAGAGGAAGGAUUUCUUAGUCAUUUUUAUAUUCUUGAUAUGCAUCUUUUUUUUUGUCAUGUUGUAUGUAACGAUUCGUUGUUGUUGUCAUUUAUCGUAGUCACUCACCCUCUUCCUUCCUGCCUUCCUUCCUUCCAUCCCUUCCCUUGGAACUAACAAGGUCACUCAGGGAUGACAGAUGACUGCCGAUAAAACUUACAAACCAAUAAACUACACUUCCUCGACAACAUAUUGAAACCAUUCACUAAAUCAGUUAGUGGAACAAUUUCACAUAAUCUACACAAAAAGAGUUUUAAAAGAUUGAAAUUCAAUGAAAAAUAAUGGUCUACCAGAUGUCUGUCUCCCUAAGCGGCGGCGAGGAGGAGAGAAAACGAGUCACCAUCUCCCUCCCUCCCUCACCUCACUAUCCUCCACUGUCAUGGUCACUCUGCCUCUCCAUUCUCCUCCUCCUCCUCCUCCUCCUCCUCCUCCUCCUCCUCCUCCUCCUCCUCCUACUCUAUCACCCACUUCCAUGCCAUCUCUCCCUUAUAAAGUCUCUGUCAUCCUUCACUGUUUAUAAAGGCUUAUAAUUUUUUUAUACAUUAUGUACAUAUGGAGAUCAUCCUCCUUUACUUCAAUGUUGUUCUUUUUUUUUCAAUACGUAUUAUAAAAGAAUGAGAACCCGGUGGUCAGACUGAGCCUGGCGGGGCAUCCUGCGGCGCGGCGGCUACAGAGGCAGGGAGGGCAAACACAAGUUUGCACUCCUCAGCUUUCCUUUGGUCGCCGCGCGAGUCGCCCCGCCGGCCAGUCACUAUGGGGAUCGCAGGCAGGGUCGGAUGUAAGCAAUAAAUAAUUAUAUAUGUAAUACACGUGGAGUUUUCGAAUUUUUGUGAGAAUUCCACACGGGGAAAGAAAUUCUAUUUUGUUGUUUAUACUAUUAAUUUCUAUCGGGAAGGCUUGUACUACACCACACACCCUACUUGUACAUAGCGUAACACCGGAAUAAAGAGCGAAAAGAA